AUCUGGUAAUGCCGUUCGGACUCACCAACGCACUGGCAACGUUCCAAACCGAAAUGAACCACAUUCUAUGCUCGCUCUUGGAUGAAUGCGUGGUGGUGUACCUGGACGACAUCCUCAUCUACUCGCGCGAAAUGAAGCAGCACGUCGAACACCUGCGACACCCAUGGCAAGUAGUUAGCCUGGACUUCAUAACCGGAUUACCAACUACCACAAGCGGUCUUGACGCUAUCCUCGUCGUCAUCGACAAAUUCUCCAAAAUGGGACACGUCAUCCCGACACACACGACAGCACGCACGGAGGAGACGACACGAGUGUUUGUUCGCUACAUCAUCUCACAGUAUGGCAUUCCAACCACACUCAUCUCCAACCGAGACCCCAAGUUCACCAGCAAUUUAUGGAAGGAACUUAUGUCUCUGCUCGGGACCAAACUUGCCAUGUCAUCCGUCUACCAUCCACAGACAGAUGGACAGACCAAGCACCUCAACCAAAUUGUAGAGCAACUCCUCUGCGCAAAAUGCAAGGACGAAAUCUCUAAGUGGGACUUGCAUCUACCCGUCCUGGAGUUUGCCUACAACAACGCCACUCACGCCGCUACUGAAUAGACGCCGUUCUUUUACUGUUACGGACGC